AUUGUCAGAGUCAGUUGGUUGCUCUGGUUUCUCCUGGCAGCGGCGGCGUUGGCGACGAGGCUGCCUUUGGCAGCAUGAACCCGCUGUGAGGCGCAGGCUUCGCGGUGCGGGGGGCGGGAGGGAAGAGGAGGACGCCUCGGCGAAGUUCUCCGCCAUGAACCUGAGGGGCCUCUUUCAGGAUUUCAACCCGAGUAAAUUCCUCAUCUAUGCCUGUCUGCUGCUGUUCUCUGUGCUACUGGCCCUUCGUUUGGAUGGCAUCAUUCAGUGGAGCUACUGGGCUGUCUUUGCUCCAAUAUGGCUGUGGAAGUUAAUGGUCAUUGUUGGCGCAUCAGUUGGAACUGGAGUUUGGGCACGAAAUCCUCAAUAUCGAGCAGAAGGAGAAACAUGUGUGGAGUUUAAAGCCAUGUUAAUUGCUGUGGGCAUCCAUUUGCUCCUGCUGAUGUUUGAAGUUCUGGUCUGUGACAGGAUUGAGAGAGGAAGCCAUUUCUGGCUUCUGGUCUUCAUGCCAUUGUUCUUUGUUUCCCCAGUGUCUGUUGCAGCAUGUGUCUGGGGCUUUCGACAUGACAGGUCACUAGAGCUAGAAAUCCUGUGUUCUGUCAACAUUCUUCAGUUUAUAUUCAUUGCCUUAAGACUGGACAAGAUCAUCCACUGGCCCUGGCUUGUUGUGUGUGUCCCUCUGUGGAUUCUCAUGUCCUUCUUGUGCCUGGUGGUCCUCUAUUACAUUGUUUGGUCUGUUCUGUUCCUGCGCUCUAUGGACGUGAUUGCAGAACAACGCAGGACACACAUAACCAUGGCACUGAGCUGGAUGACCAUUGUUGUACCUCUUCUUACUUUUGAGAUCCUGCUGGUUCACAAACUGGAUGGCCACAAUGCUUUCUCCUGUAUUCCAAUAUUUGUUCCCCUGUGGCUCUCGUUGAUCACACUGAUGGCAACAACAUUUGGACAGAAAGGAGGAAACCACUGGUGGUUUGGUAUUCGCAAAGACUUCUGCCAGUUUCUGCUUGAAAUAUUCCCAUUUUUGAGAGAGUAUGGAAAUAUUUCAUAUGAUCUCCACCAUGAAGAUAGUGAGGAAACAGAAGAAACCCCAGUUCCAGAACCUCCUAAAAUUGCACCUAUGUUUCGCAAGAAGGCCAGGGUGGUCAUCACUCAGAGCCCUGGCAAGUAUGUCCUUCCUCCACCCAAACUAAAUAUUGAAAUGCCAGACUAGAGGACGCCACCAGGGCCGGAGUGUGCGUACACUGAGACUCACACUCCUACUUCCCUUGCCCCUGACCUAGACCUGGAACCUCGGACCUCCGUUUGAAGCCUCUUUUGCAUCCAGUGUCAACUAGCCACUCAUAACAGAACAUAGGUGGCAGGGACUAAGGCUAUCUAUCAAUAUGGAUGCCAGUGACACAUGAGCAAAUCACCCAUUUCUUUCUAUAUGGGUACCUAAAAUGUGUUCUCAUUCCUGUGGUACCCACCCAGGGAUGACUGCUGCCUAGGCCCACAGAAAGCAUAUCUGUGCUCUGGGCAGAUUUUCUAGUGCUAAAAUUCCUAUUAAAGUAUUGAACAAUGUGGUUCUUAUGGGACCACUUACAUUUGUGGCUCAGCUGUGCUGCUUAUAGGUAGCCAGUGGGGACUGUAAGUAGGUCUGUACACACCUAUUGUGUUCAGAUACAGCCCAGCCUUGCUUUCCUUGUCCCUGCUGUACAGAAAUUUCGCUUUAGGCAGGAUGACAGCAGGUUUGCAGGGCUUCAUCAAUGAGCCCUUCCCAAUGGCAUGAUUCCAUGCCUGUAUAGUAUUUAUACAGCUAUUUUAGCACUGUAAUAUACAGUGUCAAAUUCUAGUUCUGUACAGCAUAUUCUCUGUUAAAGUAUUUUUUUACAAGCUUGUGCUGGAGCUAGAUGGGUUAAGCCAUGGAAGAAGCAGAGAGCUCAGCUGCUGUGUCUCAGACAGAUGCCCCACCAUGACUACUGACACCCUGGAAUUCCUGCCAGCACAGCUACUAUAAGUGAGGAAAGCUCUGUGCUUUUCUAACAUGGGGUGUGGAAGAAGUGGCUUACAAGCCCAAGAAAUGCCCCCUUGAGAUCAAGACACUAGAGAAGGUUGCCAAGGCAGGCCAGAAAGAGCCAGAGACUCCUGUCAAAGUCCAGAGCAUUCUGUCUACCAGCAAGAACACUGCAUACUGGGCAUGCAGGUACCAUCACCUGUCAGCAGUUUCUCCAGGCUCUGCUGGUAUAGCCAGCCCAGAACCCAUCAUACCAGAAAAUAACCUUCAGUCUAAAUCAAAUGAUUCAUUUCCCAAUGGAAGUAAAUGGAGCCUUGAUCUUCCUGAUCAGGAGGUACAAUGUGUUUUCAUGGUCACCUGAUCAGUAGCUUCAGUCACACAUCAUUGGAGUCUACUAUGACCCUAAUCCUUCCCUUGGCACAGGCCUCCAGUGAGCCUGUUCUGUUUCAGGAGAAAGGGGAAACAGUGUAGCAAUUUUUGUUCAGUCUCUUUAAAAUGUGGUUGAAUCCACUAUUUUUUGCUCCUGUAGUUCAAUAAAGUGGUUCAUUUUA